CACACACGUUACAUCUCUUUUUCUUCUUUGCUUUAAUCUAGAGAGAGAAAAAUGGAGUAUCUUUCUGCAUCGUUUCUGCUUCCUCUUGUAAUCCUGUGCGUCUCUCUUGCUCUCAUCUUCCGCAAUUACAGGUACAGAUCAAUUUCUCCGAAGCUUCCACUCGGUAGAAAAGGAUGGCCUAUCAUAGGUGAAACUUUGGAGUAUGCCAUGGCCAGCAAAAGUGGCAACCCAGACAAGUUCACAACCGACAGAAUGAGCAAAUACUCGCCGGACGUGUUCCGAACCUCCUUGCUUGGGGAGAACUUUGCUGUGUUCUGCGGCCCUUCUGGGAACAAGUUCUUGUUUUCAAGUGAGAACAAGUAUGUUAGCGCAUGGUGGCCACGGUCUGUGCGGGAGACUCUGCAUUUUCCUUCUGACUAUUCUAGAAAAGGAGAGAGGCUGGACUUUCUCAAUGAAUUUCUCAAACCAGAAGCUCUACAAGAUUACAUACCCAUAAUGGAUUCCAUGGCAAAAGAACAUUUGCAUUCAGAUUGGUCUCCUUACAAAGAAGUGAAGGUUUUCCCACUAUCAAAGAAGCACACCUUUGGAUUGGCUUGCCGGCUGUUUCUUAAUAUCGAAGAUCCGGAGCAUGUAACCAGAUUAGAGAAUCCCUUCAAUCUUCUUACGGAAGGCAUAAUUUCCCUUCCUUUAAAUCUUCCAGGUACAGCUUUUAAUCGUGCAGUUAAAGCCGGAGAAGUCAUCCACGAGGAGGUUUUAGCCAUCAUUAGACAGAGAAAAAUGGAGCUCUUGGAGAAUAAAGGUUCGGCACAAGUAGACCUGUUGAGUCGCAUGCUCUUAGUAACAGAUGAGAAUGGCGGAGGAAUCGAGGAGGAGAAGGAGACCGCUGCUAGGAUUACAGGUUUAUUCAUUGCCAGCCGCGAUACAACAAGUGCAGCAAUUACGUUCGUCCUGAAUUAUCUUGCAGAGUUUCCCCAUGUCUACGACGAGAUCUUAAAAGAACAAAUGCAGAUAGCGAAGUCCAAGGGCUCAGAUGAAUUGCUUAAUUGGGAUGACAUUCGGAAGAUGAAGUAUUCUUGGAAUGUGGUGCGUGAAACAAUGAGGUUAACACCACCUUGUCAAGGAGCAUACAGAGAGGUCACAACUGACUUCACUUAUGCUGGUUUUACUAUUCCCAAGGGAUGGAAGACAUUCUCAACUGUGAAUUCAACCCACAAAAAUCCCAAAUAUUUUCCUGAUCCUGAAAAGUUUGAUCCUUGGAGAUUUGAAGGAAAGGGACCUGAGCCAUAUACUUAUUUGCCAUUUGGAGGAGGACCUCGGAUGUGUUCGGGAAAGGAAUAUGCACGAUUGCAAAUUCUCACUUUCAUUCAUAAUGCGGUCAUCAAAUUUAAAUUCAAGAAAGUAAAUCCAAGUGAAAAAAUAAGUUACGGUUUGACACCCAUUCCAGAGAAUGGUCUUCCGCUUCUCCUGGACCCUCCUGAAAACUAGAAUCAAAUUUCAUUCAUCAUCAGCUUGAGUAAUUCUAUAUAUAUAUAUAUGUAUAUGUAUAUGAACUGAUCAAGGAGUGUUUAGAUUUCUAAAUCCUCCCAAGUUUACGUUGUCUUCUAAUUAAUGUUGGAUUAUGUUCUUUUAUAUGACACGUACACAACUUCA